CCGCGGAGCGCGCCGAGCCGCGGGCGGAGGCGGAGGCGAUGGCUAGCCCCGCGCCCUUAGUGGCCUCCAUCAGCCACCAAAUGGUGGCUCUGCACACCCUGCAGCUUCUGCAGCAGGAGUGGGGCUGGGGGGAUGGUCCGGGCGCCCCCGGGAGCCCACGCGACCUGGACCACGUGUCCGCCGCCCCAGAGCGUCGCUCAGACCCACGGCUGGCCCGUGCCAGGCAGGGGCGCGGGGAGGAAGGCGGGGGCAAGGGGGCCAGGAAUGUGGGGUCCGGGGCGCGGGCGAGCUCCCCCGAGGUGGAAGUGGUGCGAGGCGCCGAGGGGGGCGCGGAACUGCUGCCCUUACCCCGGGGUCGCGGGCCCUGCACCCUGGCCCAGAUGGCGAUGCGCAGCGCGCUGGCCCGCGUGGUGGACUCGACCUCGGAGCUGGUCAGCGUGGAGCAGACGCUGCUGGGCCCUCUCCAGCAGGAGCGGUCCAUCCCCAUCCACCUGAAGGACAGUGUUGAGUUUAGAAACAUCUGCAGUCAUUUGGCUCUACAGAUUGAAGGACAGCAGUUUGACAGAGAUUUGAAUGCUGCCCACCAGUGUUUGAAGAUGAUAGUCAAGAAGCUGAUUCAGUCUCUUGCUAAUCUUCCUUCGGAUGCCCACAUGGUAGCCUGUGCUUCCUUGAGACAGAUCUUACAGAAUCUCCCAGACAUAUGAGUGUUCAAGACACUGGAAUUGAAACCACAGCGAGCACUGCUAAGAGAACUGGCUACCUUAAAUUCCUAAGCAGAUCGGCAGACAAUGGAUGUUUUUAUUCCCAGGAAGGAGAGACUUGGUAGCAUAUACAGCAGUCUGACCAGUGGCAUCCGUAACCCUUGGGAAUUAUAGCAUGUUGGUAAAAAAUUUUUAAAGCAGUAGUUCACAUUUUUAAGUGUGUUGAAAUAUUUGCUGACUUUUUGAUUGAAAUAUAUUCCACUUUGUGGAACUGACUGGAUUAUAUAUGUAUAGACAUUAAUGAAUAUAUAUUAAGUAUUAAUUUUAAUUGAAUGACACCUUAAUCUACAUUCAUACUAAUGUAGGCCUAUGAGGUUUAAUAUGGCUAUUGGAUGAUUAGAGCUCCAUGGUUUUUAAAAUUAUUUUGAAUAAAUGGGAUAUUUGGUAAUUGAUAUGUUCUACUUACUGAGCACUUCAUUUUAUGUUAUGAGAAUGAUCUUUGGAUGUUGUAGGACCACACCACAUGUGUCAGUAAUUAUGAGUUCCAAUCUUGGCAUUAAUAACUUGCUGUUGGGCAGCGAAGAGCUGCUUCUAAACCUUGUGCUUUCAUCUACUGAUUUGUAAAUUAAUGAUAAUGAGCUCUGAAGUACCAAGGCUAUAUGAUAUGUAAGUACAAAGUACAGUAUUAUUAAAGUCUCACAUGAAAACAGCUAGCGCCUCAUACUCUUUCUAAAUAUUCCCAUUGAAGUAGGAAAUUCUUGGAAAAAAAAGGAGGGAGUGGACAUACUGGCAGAUUUCCCUAAAUAUUUAGAGCGAGGAGAAGAGAGAGUGACUUUUUUUGCAACAAAAAUCUACACAUGCUUAGGAAAAACUAAAUUUCCUGUUGUUUAAUGGUGACCGCGUUGAGAACCAAAGUAAAUUGAAAUGCUGCUUUUCCCUUAAAGUUUUAAUAGAAACGGCAUCAGAUUUAGAAUAAAAAGAGUAUAAUGUAGCUUGUUUUCUGAAGGAAUUAUAAACUGGGUCUGUAUGGUAAGAGUAUACCUACUGUUAAAACAAUUAAGUGAUAAGAAUAAUCAAAGCCUUUUUAAUCUCACAUAUUCUAAUCCU